AUGGGGCUUCACCGGACGCGGGAUCGCACGCGGGAGCUUUUCGUGCUCUUCGCGGAGACCGGCUGCGCGGAGCCGCGGGAGCUGACGGUGCUCUGGCAUGCCGUGCAAACCUACCUCCAUGAUAUCUCGCUGAUCACGCAGCACCUUCCGGAUAAGGUGCUGAUUUGCCUUCCACCUUCCGUGCUCGUCUUGAUGAAUGGGUUUUGUGAGUAUCACAUGUGCGAGGCCCGCCGCUCCGGCUCCUCCGCCGGCGGCAGCACGCAGACCUCCACGAAUAACCUUCGCGAGCAGACCGAGCGGUUUAUGGCGGGGAUGGUCUCCGCCGAGCCGUCACCGAUCUCCGAGCAGGCGAUGCGCGCCGUCGUCGCGGAUCCGAAAAACGCGGAGCGGAAUGCGAUCCGACAAGGCGCGGAGCUCAUCAACGAGCGGCGGUACCUACCGAGGUCGGUUCGCAAGUUUCUCGAGGCGAACCGGGCGACCUUGAACGCGCUGCUCUACUGGGAUUCCUCCCUGCUCGAUUCCGAGUUUCCCUACCUCAAGUCGGAGCCCAGCUUGAUCGACUUCACCUUCAAACUGAAGCAGUUCCGCUCCCGGAUCGAUAUCGAGUCGGGCGCGCUGAUUAAGAUCGUCGUCGACCGCAACCGCUGCCUCGAGGAUAGCUUCAACGCGCUCAAAAAGGUCAAAAGCUUCAAGGCCCCACUGCAGGUGCACUUCAGCAACGAAGAGGGCGCCGACGCGGGCGGGCUCCGCCGGGAGUGGUUUCAACUCCUCUCCAACGCCUUCGUGAACGAGAGCUACGCGCUGUUCAUCCACACCCGGGAGGGGUUGACGUAUCAGCCGAACCCCGCCUCCGACGUGAACGCGUCUCAUCUGGAGUACUUCCACUUUGUCGGCCUCGUGUUGGGGAUGGCGGUGAGCAACAACGUCGCCCUCGACAUCCACUUCGCCCGGGCGGUGUACCGCCACCUGAUUGGGGUUCAGCCGGUCUUCCAGGAUCUCAGCAGCGUCGAUCCGGAGCUCCACGCGAGCCUUUGCUGGCUUCUCGAGAACGACGUCAGCGACCUCGGGCUGCACUUCGCCGUCAGCUACGACCGCUUCGGGGAGAUCCGCGAGGAGGAGCUCCAACCGGGCGGCCUCCAUCUCGCCGUGACGAACGAGAAUAAAACGCAGUACGUCCAGCAGCUCUGCGAGUUUUACAUGACCAAACGCAUCGCACCACAGCUCACGAGCCUUCUGACGGGCUUCUACACCGUCAUCCCGCGGGAUGCGAUUCGGAUGUUCACCGAGCUCGAGCUCGAGCUCGUGAUCUGCGGCUUUGUCGAUUACGACAUCGAGGAGAUGCGGGCGAACACCAUCUACCAUGGCUACACCCCUUCCUCACCACAGGUGCGGUGGUUUUGGGAGGUCGUCGCGGGGAUGACCAAGGAGGAUCGCGCGAAUCUCCUGAUGUUCGCCACGGGAUCCUCCAAGCUGCCGCUCGGCGGGUUCGCGAAGUUGGAGGGCUCCGGGGGGGUCACGCAGCACUUUACGAUCGGCCGCUGGUCCGGCUCGCCCGACCUCCUCCCGCAGGCGCACACCUGCUUUAACAAGAUUAACCUCCCGGAGUACCCCACGGCGGAGAUUCUGCGCGAAAAGCUGAUGCUCGCGAUCACCUAUGGCCAUAUGGGGUUCGGCAUGUUGUAG